AUAUUAGAAAGAUCUGUUUAGAUUACGAUUACAAGAAUUCCAAUAUAACUCUUAUUUCCUUCAGAUAUGUCUUAUUUUUCAUCAAAAUACCGGCAAAGAAACAUUCUACUUGAAUAAUUUUUGACAACGUCACAAUUCAAUUCAUCUAAGCUGCCUACUGAUAAGCAGAAACCUAUUAUCAUUCGUUACUUGGACUUUCGCAAGUAGUAGACAAUCCAGAUUAACACGAAUUUAAAGGGCAUAGUAACAAUAAUAAUGUCAUCUACACACAUUUUCAACGUUGAAAUGACGUGCGAGGGUUGCUCAGGAGCUGUAGAAAGAGUACUGAACAGACUAAAGGGCCAGGGAGUAGAUAAUGUAUCUAUAAGUUUGCCAGAACAAAAGGUAUCAGUCACAUCUUCACUAAGUGCUGACCAGUUAUUGGAUGUUAUAAAGAAAACUGGGAAGAAAACAACUUAUGUUGGCACACAAUAGUUUGAUAUCUUUGACAAAGGAAAAGGUAUAGAACUCAAGACCAGCAUAAUCUUGUACAAUCAAUCUAUAUAUUUGUUUUAUAUUAUAUUAUCAAUUAUAGUCUCUCCAGAUAAGAAUGCAUAGAGACUGCCGUGAGCCAAAAGUUGACAUUAUAAUGAUUUUGAAAAAUGUUUUAUCAAUAUUUCAAUAUUAUAUAGUUUUAUCAUGUAUGUUAUUUAUAAAUUGAUGUUGUUUUACUAAGUACCUAUAUAUAGAUUGUAAUUACGACUCAGUAUUUUAAUAAAACAUUUUUAUUAUAACAA